AACCUUGGCUCUAUUCGAUGCUUGUAGGCUACUUGAUCAGCUGUAACCAUGGCCAAAUCCCUAAAAUCUAGGGAUUCGGAUAGCAUGUCUCGAUGGUCCGAGUACCUCAACGCCGAAGAAUCCUCCCCUUCGACAUCAACACCGGGUUCUGGAGCUCAUCAGAAGGGCUUACACGUGGAAUCUGUGGUCCAGCUGUCUAAAGUCGCAGAGGGUUUAUUGUCCAAAGCUUACAAAUUGUAUCGUGUUUUGGAUAGCCCUGAUGUUGCGUCGCAUACAUUUUCGGAUGCGUUUUGGAUGGCCGGCGUGCUUCCUAAUUUUCCAAGGCUUUGUGUACUUUUGUCGAAGAGGUUUCCGGAGCACCCGAAUAAGUUGCAGCUGGAGAGAGCUGAUAAAGUUGCACUUGAUGCUUUAAAUGGCAGCGCAGACGGUUAUCUACAGAAUUUAGAACCGUGGAUUGGGCUUCUACUUGACUUAAUGGCUUUCCGGGAGCAAGCUUUGCGCCUUAUAUUGGAUUUGAGUAGUACAGUCAUCACUUUGUUGCCGCAUCAGAACUCACUAAUUCUACACGCUUUCAUGGAUCUCUUUUGUUCCUUUGUCCGCGUUAAUCUUUUCUCUGAUAAGAUACCAAGAAAAAUGAUUAUUCAAGUGUAUAAUCUCUUGCACUCCAUGUCAAGAGGUGGUCGAGACUGUGAGUUUUACCAUCGAUUGGUUCAGUUUGUAGACUCCUAUGAUCCACCAGCAAAAGGGUUGCAAGAAGACCUUAAUUUUGUCAGCCCUCGUAUAGGAGAGGUACUUGAGGCCGUGGGUCCUAUCAUUUUUCUUUCUACCGACACAAAAAAGCUGAGAAAUGAAGGGUUUCUAAGCCCAUUUCAUCCUCGUUAUCCUGAUAUACUGACAAACUCUGCUCAUCCCAUGAGGGCUCAAGACUUGGCUAAUGUGACUGCUUAUCGAGAAUGGGUGCUAUAUGGCUAUCUUGUUUGUCCUGAUGAGCUUCUCCGUGUCACAAGUAUUGAUAUUGCAAUGGUUGUACUCAAGGAAAACUUAGUCCUCACCCUAUUCAGAGAUGAGUAUGUCCUAUUGCAUGAAGAAUAUCAGCUUUACGUUCUGCCAAGAAUUUUAGAAUCAAAGAAAAUGGCCAAAUCUGGACGUGCAAAACAGAAGGAAGCAGAUUUGGAGUAUAAUGUUGCUAAACAGGUCGAGAAAAUGAUAUGUGAGGUCCAGGAACAAGCACUUGUCACUUGUAAUGCUAUACACUGGGAGAGGAGGAUACUUAUCAAACAAGAAAUUGGGAGAAUGGUUUUGUUUUUUGCAGAUCAACCUAGUUUAUUGGCACCUAAUAUUCAGAUGGUAUUUUCCGCACUUGCUUUGGCUCAAUGUGAGAUAAUUUGGUACUUCCAACAUGUUGGAAUUGCAUCACCAAAAUCUAAAGCCACACGAAUGGUAUCCAUUGACGUUGAUGCAGCUGAUCCAACUAUAGGAUUCUUAUUAGAUGGAAUGGAUAAACUUUGCGGUUUAGUUCGCAAAUACAUUGCAGCGGUAAAAGGUUAUGCAUUAUCCUAUCUAUCAUCUUGUGCUGGAAGAAUCCGAUUUUUACUUGGUACUCCAGGAAUGGUGGCUCUGGAUUUAGAUGCCACUUUGAGGGGCCUCUUUCAACAAGUGGUUCAUUGUCUUGAGAACAUACCAAAGCCUCAAGGAGAGAGUAUCUCUGCUAUUACGUGUGACCUAUCUGACUUGCGGAAGCACUGGUUGUCAAUUUUAAUGAUUGUCACAUCUUCGAGGUCAUCUAUAAAUAUUAGGCACCUAGAAAAAGCAACGGUUUCAACUGGAAAAGAAGGCUUGUUGUCUGAAGGAAAUGCUGCAUACAAUUGGUCCAGAUGUGUGGAUGAACUUGAAGCUCAACUAUCGAAGCAUGGAAGCCUCAAAAAGCUUUAUUUCUAUCACCACCAUCUGACAGCAGUAUUCAGAAACACCAUGUUUGGGCCAGAAGGACGCCCACAGCACUGCUGUGCGUGGCUUGGAGUUGCAAGCAGUUUUCCAGAGUGUGCUUCUACUACUGUUCCAGAAGAGUUGAGUAAAAUUGGAAGAGAUGCUAUUUUGUAUGUUGAGUCCCUUAUUGAAUCUAUCAUGGGUGGCCUGGAAGGUCUCAUAAAUAUUCUGGACUCGGAAGGUGGAUUUGGCUCCUUGGAAUUGCAGCUUCUCCCAGAGCAAGCAGCCAUUCGCAUGAACAAUGCAAUGAAACUCUCAAACCAUUCAAAAUCACCUAAAGCAUUUCCUGGUUUUCCAAUGCCAGGACAAGAGAGCUAUCCUGAAAAUAGUAACUCUGUCAAAAUGUUAGAAGCUGCCAUGCAGAGAUUGACAAAUCUUUGCUCUGUGUUGAAUGAUAUGGAGCCAAUAUGUGUUCUAAACCAUGUCUUUGUUCUUCGAGAGUAUAUGAGAGACUGUAUCCUUGCAAACUUCAGGAGAAGGCUACUUACUGUUUUGAGGACUGAAAGUGGCCUUCAACGCCCAUCAAUUAUGGAAUCACUUAUACGAAGGCACAUCAGCAUCAUCCACCUAGCGGAGCAACACAUCAGUAUGGACCUCACCGAGGGCAUUCGUGAAGUCUUACUGAUGGAAGCCUUCACUGGGCCAGUUUCCAUUCUACACAAGUUUGAAAAGCCUGUCGAUUUACAGAGCGGAUCUGCAGUAGAAAUCAUCUGCAACUGGUACAUUGGGAACAUUGUCAAAGAUGUAUCUGGUGCUGGGAUUGUAUAUGUGCCUGCACAUAGUUGCUUCAAGAGUUCACAACAUAUUGGCGGAUAUUUAGCAGAGUCGUUUACUAGUUCAAGCGAACUUAAGGCCUUAAUUCGCAUUUUCGGCGGUUAUGGGUUUGACAAAAUUGACAGGACAAUGCGAGAACACGUUGCAGCAUUAUUAAACUGUAUUAACACAUCUCUGAGGUCAAAUCGUGAAGCUCUAGAGGCUAUAGCUGGGUGUUUGAAUUCUGGUGACCGAAUUGAAAGAGAAUCGAAUCUGAAACAAAUUCUCGACAUGGAGACACUGAUUGAUUUUUGUAUACAAGCAGGUCAGACGAUAGCAUUCCGCAGGAAUCUUGUAGAGGCUGCUGGAGAAGUUUUAGCAGAAAAGGCACCUCUAAUUGUUUCCUUGCUAGGUGGGGUAGCUAAGCAGUUACCUAAUGACGUACCCGAUAAGGACGAAAUUAAAAGGUUGAGAAAAGUGGCGGAUAGUGUAGGUGUUGUUGAUGAGCAUGACACGGAAUGGAUGCAUUCAAUCAUGGAAGAAUCUGGUGCUUCAACUGACAGUUCUUGGAGCUUGCUUCCAUAUCUUUAUGCUACACUUAUGGCCUCCAAUAUCUGGAGUACAACUAGUUAUAAUGUCCAUACUGGUGGAUUCAACAAUAAUGUGCACUGCUUAGCCAGGUGCAUCAAUGCUGUAAUAGCUGGAAGCGAGUUUAUUAGGCUGGAAAGAGCAGAGAAGCAGAGAGCAUCUCUUUCAAAUGGGCAUGCCAAGGAGAUGGUAGAGCCUGAAAUGCUGAGCCGUGUCUCAGUUGAAGCAAGCAUUAAGUCUGCUAUGCAACUCUAUGUAAAAUGUGCCUCAGUAAUUGUUCUUGAUUCAUGGAGUGAUAAUAACAGGUCACACAUCAUACCAAAGCUGAUAUUCUUGGAUAACCUCUGCGAUAUCUCCCCUUACCUCCCCAGAAGCACGCUAGAAACUCACAUUCCAUAUGCAAUUUUCCAAUCUCUGUACCAGCAACACUACAUGAGCUCAUCUCCUGUGAUCCUACCGGAAUUACUGUCACAAUCUCCAAGACAAUCGCCUCUCAUCUCUCUCACUCACGCAUCUCCUGCUGUCCGAUAUAAUCAUCACAGAGGUGGAGAGUCCACUCCUCGGUCUCAUGCACAGGACUCUGCUUACUUCAACGCACCUGCACAACAGUAUCAUCAGGAUGUCGGUGGUGAGAAGCAACAGCGGAGGCGGUCUGGGCCGCUGGAGUAUGGACCAGGCCGGAAAGUGAAGUUUGUCGAGGGAUCGAGUUCUGGCGGACAGGGCCCAAGCCCAUUGCCGAGGUUUGCUGUGUCCAGGUCGGGGCCUUUGUUGUACAAGUAGAAUAGUUCUGCUACGUGACACGCCUUUUAUUUGUACUAAUUAUUUCCUGUAAUUUAUGCAUGCUUUAAUUUUCAGUUACUAUGUAAUAUUUUCUAGGGCCUCGAACUAAUAGUGAAUGUAAUUGCUCUUGACUAGUUAUUGUUAAUAUUUGAACGAGAUUUGGUGGUCUCCUUUA